GCACGCUCGCGUUCCAACUUCCAAGCUGCAACGAACUCCCUCCCUCCCUCCCUCGGCUGUAUCGCCACUGCUCCUAUCCCUUUUCGGCUACCUAGGUAGCCUGCCUGCCCGCGAUGCUGCUCGCGCGCAGCCUCCGCUCCCGCCCCCGCCCGCCGCUCGCGUCGGCGUCGGCGGCCGCGGCGGAGGCGGAGCGGGCGGUACGAGACGGGCCCCGGAACGACUGGAGCCGGCCCGAGAUCCAGGCCAUCUACGACUCCCCUCUCCUCGACCUCCUCUUCCACGGGGCUCAGGUUCAUAGGAGUGUUCACAAAUUUAGAGAAGUGCAGCAAUGCACGCUUCUUUCAAUAAAAACUGGUGGAUGCAGUGAAGAUUGUUCAUACUGCCCUCAGUCCUCAAGAUACAAUACUGGAUUGAAGGCCCAAAAAUUAAUGAACAAAGAUGCUGUCUUAGAAGCAGCAAGAAAGGCAAAAGAUGCUGGGAGCACCCGAUUUUGCAUGGGAGCCGCAUGGAGAGAAACCAUCGGCAGGAAAACAAAUUUCAGCCAGAUUCUUGAAUAUGUCAAGGAAAUAAGGGGUAUGGGGAUGGAGGUAUGUUGCACGCUGGGCAUGAUAGAGAAACAACAAGCCAAAGAACUCAAGAAGGCUGGUCUUACAGCAUAUAAUCAUAACCUAGAUACAUCAAGAGAGUAUUAUCCCAACAUUAUUACCACAAGAUCAUACGAUAAUAGACUGCAGACUCUUCAGCAUGUCCGUGAAGCUGGAAUAAGCAUCUGCUCAGGUGGAAUAAUUGGUCUUGGGGAAGCAGAGGAGGACCGUGUAGGGUUGUUGCAUACACUAGCCACCUUGCCUGCACACCCAGAGAGUGUUCCUAUUAAUGCAUUGGUUGCUGUAAAAGGCACACCUCUUGAGGAUCAGAAGCCUGUAGAGAUCUGGGAAAUGAUCCGUAUGAUUGCGACUGCUCGAAUUGUGAUGCCAAAGGCAAUGGUGAGGCUUUCAGCAGGCCGAGUACGGUUUUCCAUACCAGAACAAGCGCUGUGCUUCCUUGCUGGGGCCAACUCCAUCUUUGCUGGUGAGAAACUUCUGACGACUGCGAAUAACAACUUUGAUGCUGACCAGACGAUGUUCAAGAUCCUUGGUCUGAUUCCCAAGGCUCCAAGCUUUGGCGACGAAGAGGUGGCGGCUCCUGCAAACACAGAAGGAUGUGAGGAAGCCGCUUCAAUGUAAAACAUCGAAAACCAUUCUUGAUAUUUCAUUUGGUGCAAAGCUACCGCACUAUCUCCAGCUAGAGCAUUGCAUUGUAGAAACCACUGUAAUUUGUAGUCACUUUAGAUUGAUUACAAAUAAAAUAGGGUGUUCUCUGAAUCACCUUUCCUGGAAUGGCAUUGUAUGAUGUAUUCAGCUUC